CAUAACUUUUCCCUUUCUCUCUCUCUAGAAAACCAACCGGCCACCACCCAAUGACCCGUGACGACGACAAAGACGAUUGGGUCCAGGUGGCCAUGGAAAACGACGCCCUUGUGGUUGAGUUUCUAAUCCAGCUCCACCAAGCCUCGCCGCCGCGGCCGCCGCCGACCAAAACAGACUCUCUUCCACUCGAAUGGUCUGUCAGACAGCCACGGUCAAAGUCUCUCUCACUCAACUCCAACUCCAACAUUAAUAAUAAUAAUAAUAAUAAUAUUAAGAAUAAGAAUCUACCGGCGCCGCCUCCGCCGCCGACAAGAUCCAGCCCGACCACUCCUCUGUCAUGGAGUACUGGCGGCGCCACCGCUACCUCACAAAGCGGCUCUGAAUCCAGUAGACGACCAUCUCCUCCGAUGAUGACGAUGAAGUGCCCCGAUGCACCGCGAUCUAAGGUUUUGAAGAGGCCGAGAAAGAAAAAAACUCUGGCUGACCUUAAAGAGGAGGAGAUGUUGCUUAUGAAUGAAAAGAGACAUUUGAAGAAAGAAUUGGAAGCGUUACGCCUCAAUAUAGAGAACCAGAGAGCAAUCAACCAGAAUUUUAAGAGACUUAAGAUUGAUAAGCUAGCAGCAGCUUCUGAUGUUGGAGAAGGGGUUUCCUAUCUGAAGAACGGGUUUUCUUUACCUGAUCUAAAUAUAGUUUACGAAGAGGAUCUCUAGUUUCGGGUUAGGUUGAGAUACAUGGGAGAAACCGAACCCUAACCCUAAACCCGAGAGGGUCUAACAUAGGCUUUUUUAGUUGUAACUAGCUAUAUUAUUUAUUUUGUUUUUACAUGAGAAGGCAGGGAAGAUUUUAACCUACAUAUAUGAUAAGAUGCAUAUUUGUUAUAUUGGUCUAUUCACAUUCCCAACUCUUAU